AACACUAUAUACUGCACAAAUUAGACUUUUCCAUCAAAUCGUGCAAGAUCUCUAAUUUUAAUAAAUUCAACAGGAAUGUUGAUAUUUAAACUGAAAUGAUUAGCGAUAAAGUCCUUCUAAAUGGGAAGGAUCCUCAUGAAUUACGAAUCGAUUUUUUAAUUAAUUCUUCCAUAUUAUUAUGUAACAAAUUGCCAUCUGUUUCACAUUCCUUGAUGAGAACCUCUAUUUGUUUUUUAAAAGAUUCUAAACGAGAAUUGAGUAAUAACGAUUAUCUAAAUAUUUGUAAGAGGUGUGGAGUUGUUUUUACUCCAUGUGUAAACCUAGAAGUUCGUUGUGUCAAAAAUGAUAAAAAGGCAAGAAAAAGGACUAAAAAAUUAUUUAAAAGGGAUUUCAAAAACCUUGAUACAUUUAAAAAGAAUAAAAAGACCUUGAAACAAAACCUGUAUUAUAAAAACAGAAUGGUUUACAAGUGCAAAGUUUGUAACAAUAUUUUUAAUCUACCAGGUUCAUCAAGACCCUUUAAAACCACUAAUAAAUAAUUUCAUCCAUUAUAUAUCAAUGUACUACAAAGUGGCACCAGAUUAAAUUUUGAUAUCACCUAAAAAACUCGUGCUGGAUCGCUUCUUCCGCUGUUAUUCGCUUAUUCGGAUUCAGUUCUAACAUUCUAAGCAUUUUAAUUAGUUGAAUAUAAAUGAUGUAAUAUAAAAGUAACCUUAAUAAUAAAUCAACUAAGCACUCAUCUUGACUUAGACCUUUGAACAUUUCAUACUUGUUAUUACAAUUGAUUUCAACGUUCUAUAAUUAAUAAAUCUAU